AUGGACUUGGAACGCAUCAAGCAGAACUUUCGACUACGUUCUGGACGCUCAAAGAGCAAGAAGAUCCGCAAACCAGUUCCAUUGCAGCUUGACUCGAACACUCACUUCCACACGACAUACGAUAGGAGUAUUCCCACUACUGCCGUCCAACUGCCCGAGAGGCCACAAACGCAGCAUAACUACGAGCCCGCCAAGGAUGAACCAUCCCUCCGCAAUUGGGAUGAUCAAACAGCCCUUCCACAAUUUUCACACGUGGCUGGUGGCUCAGGACCCGUGGAAAAGCCUCGUCCAAAUCUACCUCACGCUGCAACAGGGUCAUACUCGAACUCUUCACCAAACAAGCGAUUGUCUCGCUUUGGCCGUUCGGGAAUAGAACGGCCCCGGAAACAACCAUCCCCGGUAGAAGCCGCCCAGCACAGACCUCAACCCUUGCACAGAGCCCUGUCAGAAGCCGAUGUUGGCGCAGCCUCGAAUUCCGAUGCUUCAGAUGCCCUGGACUUUGAUUUGCGGCCUCCUCCACCGCGACCCAAGCCUCCAUCUGUUGAAUCUUUGUCGGAAGCUCUGUUUUCACAUGGACAUCUCAGUGCUCUUCUCCGUCAUCCCCUGUAUCUGGCACAAUUCACUACCUUUGUGGGCAAAUUCUGCCCCUUUUACCACACUGCUAUUCUUCGCUACCUUGAAACGCAGAAAGCAAUCAAAGCUGUGGAGUAUGCCAAUGCAAUUGCUGAAAGUCUCGACUAUUCUGCAGGUGAUGAUCAUGGCGAAGAACCAGCAGGCAGGCCGUCUAGUGCGGCAACCCUGGAGCAAUCAUUCACACAAGUGCAUUUCUCCUCAUUCCAGAUAUUGCUAGAAUCAGCUCUGCCCAUGUAUAUUACCUACAAGCUCGUGAAGAUGGCCACUGAAUGUUUGGUCAACGAAAUUGCUGGUCGGCAAUCCCCAUCGAUGGUGGACCUUGUAGGUGGACUGUCAGAGGUCUUUUGUCUUACCGAUCCAAAUCAGUAUGAUAAUCCCAUCAUCUAUGCUAGUGAGGAGUUUUAUAGGCUCACAGGCUACGGUCGUGAUGAUGUUAUUGGACGGAAUUGCCGAUUUCUCCAAGGCGCAAACACUCAGCGAGGGUCCGUGACACGGCUUCGAGAGAACAUCAAAAAUGGAAAACAAGCUUGUGAGACGUUUCUGAACUACCGGAGAGACGGAAGACCCUUUAUCAAUCUUUUGAUGAUUGCACCUCUACAUGACGACAAGGGCAAUGUCAAAUAUCACAUAGGGGCUCAAGUCGAUGUCACAGGCCUCGUGGAGAAAGGCAAAGGUCUCGACGCAUUCGACCGAUACCUUGUCAUGAAGGAGAUUGACAGGCGUGAUAAAGAGAUUAAUGGCUCUUCCAUUCAGGUUAAUCAGCAACGUGGGCGGAAAGCGAAAACCCUUGCAAAAUUGCGUGACUUGAGUCAGAUGUUUGACCUCGAAGAGUCUGCAGUGGUACGGUCUCACAGCCGAUCUUCCUCUUUGACCCCAGAUGAUGGAGAGCGGAGCAUUGGUAGCAGUCGCCGAGUCAUACUGGGUGAGUCUGACUCAACUCCAGAGAAUGGCGGUAAAAGCGAAGAAAAGAAUGAAGACAAGACCUGGCAACUAGGACAAUCGGGACAAUCGGGUUUAUCUGGAACUCUGCCUGGUGUCUAUGACAGUUACAUGUUAAUCAGGGCAACAUCAUCGCUACGCAUUGUUUUUGUCUCGCCUAAAUUGAGGCACAAGUUCGGCGAUGUGGUGCAGCAUCCAUUCUUGUCCCACAUUGCGGCGCCGUCAAACACAUUAGCCGGAUUGAGGGAAAGCUUCGGGACUGGUGUUGCUGUCUCGGCGAAAGUCAACUUCAUGCUCAAUCACGGAGAAAAGCGAGAUGGGACAGAAAUAAGGCAAGGUUCAAGGCCCGACAACGCUCGUGCAUGCUGGAUUUCGGCUACUCCUCUGUUGGGGAGUGACGACAACAUUGGCGUAUGGAUGAUCGUCUUUGUUGACAAAAGCAAGGUGUCUACCACUACAGCAGUCCAGAAGGAGGUCAAACCAUUUGCGGAUGAGCCGCUUGUGCCUUCACGCAAGGAUCGACCUACCAAGAUUGACAUUCCUGUUCGUAGGUCAUCGCAGCGUCUACGACAGUCACAUGCAGCACAGGGGUCCAAAUUGGAGCUCUUGGCCGGUGAUGUUCCAAUUAAGCCUAAGCGCCUUGAGGAAGUUACCGAGUCUCUUAAUAGUGCUGAGUCAACUUUGCGAGCUGGAACAGACGACGACAAGCUAUCUAUAGGUACGAAGGAGAAAGAGGAAAAGGAGACGGAUGAUCAGAAUGGAGGAAUUGGUGCGAAGGUCGGAGUGAAGGACGUGAAGGACGAAAGCGUUCCCCCUACCGAUCUUUCGUUUCCAAUCUCGGAAGCAAACCGCAAGCCGUCCGAAGACCAGUUUGUUCGUCCUAAGCUGAACCCCAAGAUAUCGCAGAAGUCUGAGCGCAUCCAUAUUCGCGCCGAUAGCGACGCGGAACCUAGGGCGUUGUCGACAGCAGACCUCGACAACGCACUCGUCAGGUCCUUACCCGGUAGCAGGACCGGCACUGGCACGGCGAUGCACCGCUUUGGGUCGCCACCACUGUCGCCGGCCACCUUGAAUAUGUUCAAUGGCUUUUCAGAUGAUGGUGAAGCAACCCCGCGACGCGCGGAUCGUCUCGACUUACCUAACGAGAAGUCACCACCUACGCCACCCCAACACAAAAGCAGUGGCGUCGACUCGCCCUCCGGGAAACCAAACGGCAAGCACUACAUGGACUAUCUCCGGCAUCCAGGCACUGCCAGGUCGUCGUCGGAGUAUAACCGUGUGCUUUCUGGCUCUGUCCUCGUCAAUUCAAUGUACCAUGUGGAUGAGGAUGGGAAACACUGGGCUGCGGACGAUGUAGAUGAUUUUCCCGAUCGUGAAUGCCUUGGUUCUCCCUACAGCGUUGAUUAG